UCCUGAGCUAUGUCGCCCCGUUUUGGAUGAUUGUCCACCAAACCACCAUAUUCUUGAAGCCCAAAUAUAUAUAUUUUUACACACAUUUUUACUUUGACCUUUUGAAUAUAAUGGAUGUAAUCCUAUUCGUUCUCAGUAGUAUUUGCAUAGAUUGUGUCAUUGUUACAAUUCCUGGUUUAUUGCUCUUAAGCAUAAAAGUGCAUUUUGGAAAAGUUUGCGCAGUUCAAUUUACGCUGUGAGCUUGUGCCAGUGUUAAUAUACAAAUCCUGAACUGAGUUGUAAUACACCAGGCAUAUAAUUUUUUUCUAUUUUGAAACAGUCGGCUAUAGCAUACGGCUGUGCCAUUAUAUAACAAAUUGGGUAUUUGAGAUUAUGCGACAUCUGUGCACGAUUAGGCUACCGCUAAACCCCUCCUUUAAUCAUUUUGAGUGCCAUUGAUGUAUUUAUUUUGUGUAGCCGAAAGGGGGAAUGAGUAAGUAAUAACAUUGAGAAUGCGGUUAUGAAAUGUUCGAUGAACGAUAGAAUGGAAAGUAUUGGUUUACGAACUGGAGGUUGCAUUGAUAAUGAUAUUCAAUGUGGGAACAUCAGAUGGGGGAAGCAAGGUAACGCUAAUUUUGUUUAUGAAUAACAAAUUUAUUCUCUCAUCAAACUGUUUGUAAAACAUAAAAAUUCAAAUGGGUUACAUUAUUUUAACUUGUUGUAAAUUAACUAUAUGUCACUGCCUAGGCUCUAGAUAGGUUACAGAUUUUUUCCAGUGCAAUAGCCUAUAGGAUGCAAUGAGUCGCACUAUUAAUUAUCCGACUAUGGAACAAUCUAUAUGACCAAGAUAAAAUAGAAAAAGAAGAAUAGAAUAAUCCGUGUUUAAAUGUCCUUAUCAAGAAUCGCUCAGUCAAACAAUUUUUUUUCCUCAGGUAAAAAAAAGAGGGGAAAAUCAACUUUCAGACUGUCAUACAAUAGGAAGCCUAUUAUUAUAGCACAACCGCAAUCAACCCCAGAUUUAUAUCAGGAAGAUAUUGUUAAUUUAAACAGUAACUUAUAUUUAUAUUACACAUGUAAAUUUAUAUCAAAACUGCACCCCACAAGAUGGUGAAAACACACAUUCUUUUAUAUCAUAUAGAACAGUGCAGUCACAGGCAGCAGGAGGGCACAAUCAAACCUAAAAACAAAGAGUUGUGCAUGACCUUGGUAUGACAUAUAUGCUGCCACUGAUAAAAAAAUGGGGCUAAAUAACCAGCUGCUGCAUCUGGCUGUUACAAAUAAUCUUUAUUCAUUUAAAUGUAACUAAUAGUAAUAAUAAUAAUAACAAUAAUAAUAAUAAUAAUACUAAUAAUGAUAACUGGCUUAAAUCCUACUGGCUGAGAGGCAUCCAAAAUGAAUAUGACCCAGGAUAAUGCUUGAUGUUUAGCUUAAAAUAUCCCUAGUAAUUGCUGCAGUUGCGUUUGUGUGCUGAUGAGCUUUUCAUAAAAACCCAAUGUUGUUAAAGCUCUGUUCUGUAGAUGUCUGCAUUGGAGAAUCAGUCCGCUCUCUGUGAAGGUGGGAACCAUUUUGGCGUGACGUAAGGCUUGCGGUAGGGAAUGACAGGAGAGAUUAUUUCAUCCUCGUAUCCUGGCGUCUGGGUUCAUCGGCGAUGCUCGCCGUCCUCUCCGCUCUGCCGCUCGCCGUGGCCCUGCUGGGGGCCUCCAAGCCGUGCCCCCGGAACUGCCAGUGCUACGACUCGGACCUGGUGGACUGCCGGGCCCGUGGCCUCGCUCACGUGCCCCACAGCCUGCCUCACGGGACCUGGCUGCUGGACCUGGGGCUGAACAGCCUGGCCGAGCUGCGGAGACACUCCUUCUCCGGGCUGUGGUCCCUGCGCGUCCUGGUGCUCUCCGACAGCGGCAUCCAGCUCCUGCAGCCCCAGGCACUGUUCUUCCUGUCCUUCUUGGAAAAGCUGGACUUGAGCCACAACAAGCUGCCUGCUCUGCCGUCGGACUUCUCCCACAGCCUGUCCUCGCUGCGGGAGCUGCACCUGGACCACAACCGGCUGCAGCACCUGGGCUCCUCCAGCCUGGAGCGCCUGGAGAACCUGGAGAAGCUGGACCUCAGCCAUAACCGCAUCCAGUCCAUCGAGCUGGGGGCCCUGCGGGGCCUCUCCCGCCUGCGGCGUCUCUACCUGCAGGCCAAUCAGCUCGCGGCGCUGCAGGAAGGUACUCUGACCAGGCUGCAGGGCCUGGAGGUCCUCCUCCUGGGCCAGAACCACAUCUCCAAGAUCGAGACGGAGGCCCUCGCCCCCCUGCACAGCCUUUCCCUGCUGGGCCUGGAGCGCAACAGACUGGAGCACCUCAAGUUCAAGAGCCUCCUGAACCUGCGCGCUCCCAGCACCCACCUGCAGCUGUCCGCCAACCCGUGGAUGUGCGACUGCGACCUCCACCGCGUCUUCAGCAAGGUCCUGCGCGUGCGCCGCCUGCACGUGGACGACUACGAGAACAUCACCUGCCACGCCCCCCUGCAGCUGGCGGGCGCCCACCUGGCGUGGGUGGACGGCCAGCUCUGCAUGGCGGAGACGGCCACCGUGCUGGUCAUCACCGUCACCGUGCUGGUGACGGUCAUCGCCGCCAUCGUCAUGGCGGAGCGCAAUCGUAAGAAGAACUAGGUCACGAACCCGGAACGAUCACGAACCCAAUGCAGGUGCGCUAUACAGUCGGUAGUUUUGGUUGUUAGUUUUCUGCAAGGGCACUGGAAUCAUUUCAGAAGUGAGGGGUCCAAGCACAGAGAGAAGUGUUUUUUUUAAACAUGCUUUUAUGAAAUUCUACAAUACAGACUGGGUAACAGGACCGGUGAGAACACCUGACAAACUGCAGACUCAGUUAGAGAUGCAAGGGGGAUGCAAAAAUGUUAUAUUUCUUCUGAAAUGCAACAUGUUAUUUGUAAUAUAGCAUUUUAAGUGCCAGUCUGUGAGCUAAUUAGCAAAGCAAUACAAAUUGAAACUGUACUAAUAAUGUCAAAACACAGAUUAAUACAACUGCCUUUUAAAUAGCUGCACAAGAAACUAACAGAGCAAAAAUAAGUUACUUAGUAAAGCAGUAAAGCUACAAACUGAUCGGUAUAUAUUUCAAUUUAUUAUACUGCAUUUAUAGUUCAGACGACAGAAUUUUAUCUGUUUCUGCUCCAUCUGAUUAAGAGAACUGAUGAAAUAAGAAAUAUUGCUUUCUUGUGUGCAAACCAUAUUCCAUAUUCAGAAUUACAACUUAACCUUCAGGUCUAAUGCAAUGAUAUUAGACAAUCAUCUGAACAUGCUGUUAUGCAUUUGUUUCCAACAGGCAACAUGGUAAGGCUCAGAUUUAUGGACCUUAAGUCUCUGUCUGACAUAUUUUACUUGGAAUAUAAGUAAAAACUUGACAAACCUAAUUUUCUCUACCACAAAGGACAUGUACAUAUGUCACAGUACACAAGCUACAGCCCUGCCCUUAACCCUCAUCAAUCCCUUGUGCCAGACCUUGGCUUCGGGGAUUAUGUGGCUUCCACUUACUAUACAAAACAUUCAUAUGUGUCCCUGCAAGGACAACUUGAGCCUCAUGUUUUUAAAAACAGUCAGAGGUCAUUUGGGACAAGUUCAUCGGACGUAAAGCUGUAAAUUAAAUAUACGUUUAGGAACCAGUUUAACUUAAUGUGGUUGACACGUGAAUACAUAUUGAGUAUUGUACCCUAUCGGACCUGUGUUUUGUAGUUGUUCCAAUGACCUUCGAUAUGCGCUUAUUGUACACGGCUUUCGAUAAAAGCGUCUGCCAAAUAAAUGUAAUGUAAUGUAAUGUAAUGAAUAAAUGCCAGAUUUGCUCCGGUACACAACAGUCCAUGAGAACUUGGGCUACAGGGUGGACAUAACCAAGGAUAACAAUAGCACCCUUGGGGCAGUAGCCAUUUUAUGUGCUUGUGUUAUUCCAGCAUUCCAAUAUUUGGGCUAGCUGGCUGCACUUGCUUUCUUUGCUGGCAUAUAGCAUCUUUAAGGGUCCCAGUGUGUCCGAGCUGCUGAACACAGCACUCCUGAUAUUCUUGCUUCUGCCUCUUGUCUUUAUGGGAUGCCCCCUCCUGGUCUCUAUAUUUGUUGCAGGAUGAGGGCAUUCACAGCUGGAUUUGCAUUCAGUUUGACAAUGAUAAACUGUCUUCUACACACCAUUCAAGCACAUGAUUGGCUUACCCAUACUGUGUAUAUUUGAGCUUCUCUUUCACCUGUGUGAUUAGUUUUCUUUGCAUUUCCUAUUUAUCUGCUCUUGAUUUUAACUAAAUGAAUAGUGGUUUCCAGAAGCUUUUUUCCUUUUAAGCUAUUGCCUCCACAGUGAGGCUGAUCCCUCUCAGAGAAAUAGCUCUUAUUUGUCAGUCUAUAAUACCUGCUGUAUGAUUAUUCUCUGUUUUCUAAGAACAUCCAAUGCUACUCUUUAUAUGUUUAUUGAAAAGCAUACCUGUUUAUUUUCUCCUGGGGCUUGCAUUAAAUGUGUGUACCUAAAAUCUCUCAUUUUCCGUGGAGUGAAAUUUUCUUGGAAUUUGUUCAGCUGAAUUUUUUGCCCUUGAACUCUUUUGCCUUUCUUCAAAUGCAAAUAGAAUAGUUCAUGAACUUCACCACAAUCUUUUUCCCUCAGGAACUGCAUGUACCCAAAACAUGGCUGGAAAAUAAGCCCACAUACAAGCAGAAAAUCAUUUCACUGUUGGAAUGCUGCUACUUUUUUUGCUCACUACCAGUCGGAGGUUCCUAUAUAAAAUGAACAUGAUGGAUUUACAUAAUGUGGAGCUUAAAUAACUGAUAGUUAAUUAAUUGACUUAAUUAUUAAAUAUAUUUUAUUAAAAAGUACACAAUGCUGUAAUUUUAGUGACUCACCACUCCAUAAAAUGUUGAUUUUGGCAAGCUAUACAGUUUUUUUGUGGUUUAUGUUUAAAUGACAAU